AUGCGCAGGUAUCCUUCUGUUGAUCAACAGCAUGCGGCAGCUGUUCAAAUCGUAAAAUUAUUUCCACAACUUAGUAAUACGCGAGUCACACCAACUGCUCCUGAUGAGUCAUUUUUCUUUUGGUGCAACGGAGGCAAGGAAAAGGGUGCUCAUACUGGCAUGAUAUUUCAUCGCAUCCGGAAUGUCAUCAAACAGCUACCUGCAGGAAAACAUAAAUAUAAUCGAGGAACUAUGCCUGUAGAAGAGUCCGUUUCAACUGAACUUGUAGAGCGGGCUCAAUUGCUCCGAGUAAUGCUUGCAUCGGCAUCAGUAGCAGAACAUAUUUGUGAUGAAAUGGACCGAUGCUUUCCAGUCCUCAAACUGUUAUUAAAAGAAAAGAAACCCGUUAAUGAUAUCUUGGAUAUGUUUCCACACCUGUGUUCAUAUGAAGGAUUGGUGAUUCGUCAAAUGUUUGAGAGAUUGUAUCCUAACAGAACAGAAGGUCUCAAAAUCGAGGAUGUCUUCUCUCAGUGUCUAUCUUAUUCACCGUCCAGAUUUUCUAGAGUAGAAGAUGAUCACAUUCGAGGAUGCUUGAGAAUAAUUUCUCAUAUGCCAAUUCGCGGACAAAAAAGAACGCUGGUAGGCUGUCCAACUGUAGGCGAAGAACAUUCGGCUUCAAUUUUAAUUCGUUGGAUUGGGGAGUGCUUAGAUACAUACGUGGCAUCCCCCGCAACUGAUUCCAAACUACACAUGGUGUGCGUAGCAAGCCCGAUGAAAAGAGGAAAUUAUGCCGUCAUUUGUGAGAAAAAAGUUAUAUUCGAGACUAACAAUUCUAUUCAUGCAGUGGAAAUUUUAUUCAAAUGCUACGCAGUUCUCGGAGUGGAGGUGCCACCUAAUUUUAGAAUGUUUUGGGACUUUCUGGCAUGUGCCAUAUAUAAUAUAAUUCCGCACAGUCAGAGGACAACUGUGAAUAGACUCGUCCAAACUUUUAUUGAAGUUUCCCGCGCACGUAUUGACAACAAAUAAAAGGACAACUUUUUUAUACA